AUGAAUGGUCAGCACGAUGGCGAUUCUGUAGGGUCGUCACCAGUCCACAGUGUAGCAACCAACCACCUAACAAGCCAUCACUCCACAACGUCGCAGUUAACAAGCACCACAAGCAUGUUUUCGGACAGUCGGCUGAUUAACAUAGAAGAGGAGGCCAAAUUGGUAUAUGGUGUUAUAUUAUCUCUGAAAAACUUUGUCAAGAAAUUAAGUGGAAG